UGUAAUUAUGUGGGUUUUGAUUGAGAUCAUGAAUAGCUCAAUGAAAGACUACAAAUGCAAACCUGGAAGCACUUAAAAGGCAGGAUCCAUCUUAUCUGAUUGGUCAGUGUGCUCAUGACAUCCAACUAUAUAAACGCUUAAAAUUCAACGAAAUCAUCAUUGUUCAGUUAGAUCUCAAAUUAUUUAUAUACUAAUCCCUCAUACAUUUUAACUUACUCCAAAUGAUUAAACAUUUAUUCAUUAUUCAUGCAUACAUUUCAAUUCACUUUCUCGCUUGUUAUUACACACAAACAAAUUCAAGAUCAAGUAUCAAUGUGUUAUCGACAUGUAAAUGGUGUGCGAACUGUAGUAAAAUUAUGCCUUGUAAUUAUUCAAAAUGGAUAGGUGGAUGGGGACAACCAAAUCAGUCAUUUAUAAACAACUGUACUCUCAGUAUGGUCCAAACUUCAUCAUCUUGCUUAAAUGAAUGUCUAUCGAAUCCUCUAUGUUAUUCAUACACAAGUCCAACUGAUUUACCAACACAAUGCACCUUAUAUUCAAAGCCGAUCAAUCUAACUGGUGAAUUAUACAAUCGUACCGCAUUCGAAUAUGGAACAAGAAUAUGUUGUAGUAAGUUUCAAUGAUUAAGCUUAGUUAAACAAAUGGAACAUUUGUAUUUUGAAUUGAUCACACAGAGUGUAUUAAAAGGAAAUGACUAGCUUACAAGAACAUGUAUUCACUUUGGUUUCGGACAGCAAUAUUUUUCAUAAACGGUCUAUUACAGUAAACAUGUAGUGAUUCUGCUUCAAUUCGGCAUGUGUACACAAUGAUAUAUGGAUGGGACAACAAUUCUAUAUGACCGGUUACUUGUAUUUGAGUCAAGUUUGUUCACUCACUCAUAGACCAGUAUCGUAGCGAUUACGUCAGGAUCAAGAGACAAAUGUGUAAGAAAUUAGAAGAUAGUUGAAAUAAUUUUGAAUGAAAUGAGUUUAAUCGAAGUUGAGCUGUAUACUCACUCCUUGAUCGUUGGCCAACCUAGUGAGAGUGGUUGUACAAACUUGUUUCGGAUGCGAAGGUUAGUUUUGUGUAUAUGGAUCGCGAUAGCGUCAGCAAUAUGCGAAACACGGACUCGUAUUUAAUUUAAACAUUAACUAACAAAUAAUUUCCUCCACAGUCUCUAUUUGUUUCAUACGACAACUGUGUGUACAACGAUGUAAGACCUCAUAACACUUUUCUGUUCUAGAUGAUAUUAAAAACUAUGGAGUUAUCAUGUCACCGUGUCUCCCAUGUUCCACUUGUACAAAACUCAUGCAAUGUAAUCAAACAUAUUAUGUAGUGAAGCCAGGAUUACCGAACAAUCAAUUCCUCAGUACCUAUUUUCUCAGAGAAGUCAAUGCUACAAUAAAUUGUGCUAGCGAAUGUGAACUCAAUCCCUACUGCAUGUCGUUUUCAUAUAUUGUUGUAAGUUCAGUAUAUUCUGUUCAUCGUUUUAAUUGAAUAUUAUUAUACAAUCAUUUAUUGAUAUUUAUGUUAUAAGUGAUGCUUAUAUACAAGAGACAUUACAAACAAAUGUGACUGUCAGGUAUCGAAAUCCACUAAACAGAUUUGAUGCUAUAGAAAGUCGAACGGUUAUCGAGUUGAAUGCAUAAACCUUGAGAGCGUAUCAAAAUUAUUUUGUUGGUUGCAAUGACUGAUUUGGCCUCGAGAUAGAUUUAUUUUCGAACGUGUUGAACUGGUUACUGAAUGUUAGUUAGUAGUAUAAUGCAAUAUACUGAAGUGAAAGUCGACGAACAGAAAUCUACAGGAAACUGUAGCUCAAAAAUAAGAUAGUUACUAAGAAACAUUCUAGAUAUGUAGUUUAUUGCAAAAUAGUGUAAUUAUACUUUGAGAUCUCUUUAAAAAUCAAAUAUGAGUAUUGAGAUUAUUAGGAACAUUGAUUUGCUUAUCAGUUGGAAUUUCCUCUAAUGAUGUCAGCAAUAUAUAUCCAUGAUGAAAUUCGAGAUGUAUCCAAAUAUUUUAAGACUAAGACAGGUAACCAAUCGAUAAUAUUCUCAAGGUUAAACAGUGAUAAGUUGGUGGACACGAAAUGUCCACCUAGGGAGUUGGAAAACCAGUAUUCCAAACCAAUGGUUCACAUGGACUCCAGGAUCCUGAACGAAACAAAUGGUGUGUGAAGCAAUUGUUGGUCGCCGACUAACAUGUGACUGCAUCCUCUGACGUUGCUUCAUUGUGUUGGGGAUCAGCCAUUCAGGUCGGAUGCUCCAGGUGUUGCUACCCAAGGAGAGCACCUGAAUCGAUCUGGCCACCGGGACAGUGUCACUGCACCCACACUCAAAAUACACACUUUAUGUUCAUUCAAGUGAACGAUUCACAAACC